CCCAUCUUUUUUUUUUUUCUUUUUUUAACUCAGGAGAACUUCUCUUGCCCUAAAUUCGAUUUCGAUUUCGAUUUCGAUUUCAGGUUUUCUGAAUCGAGAGAUCCUUUUCUCAAGCGUGAAUUCUUGUUUCAACGGGUGGGGAUUAAAUUAUGAUGGUUCAAGCCUUGGAUUUGCAGAGCUUUAUCCUUAGGGCUCGAGUUCUCAAGCUUUACCGACAAGCAUUGAAGAUAGCUCACAGAGCUCCUGUUCAUGUUAGAGGGGAAUUGAAACAGACAGUUAGGGAAGAGAUGGAAAAGAACAGAGACUGCAACGACAAACAGAAGAUUCGGUAUCUGAUUAGUGAAGGUUUAGAGAGAGUUAAAGGACUUGACGAGAUGUUAGAUAUGCAAGGCCAUUAAUUAAUAAGCAUUGGUUGAUGUAAAGAUGAUAUGUUCUUUUUGUAAGCUUUUCUGCUUUUAAUUGAAGGUGGAUGCAAUGCUAGAUUCUUUUAAGUAGAAAUUCUGGUCAUCUUUGUGUUUAAGCUCUUUGCUUGCAGUGUUCUUCAUCUCUAUUGAUUGAUACUUUUAGCGAGCAAACAUUGUAUUCUCUUUUAAUCUGUGAAAUACAUAUAUUAAGAUCUCUAUU